AUGGAUUACCAAGCUCCUGCUCCUGCUGCCGGUGGCCGUGGCUGCUACAACUGCGGCGACAACUCCCACCGCGCUGCCGAGUGCCCUACCAAGGGUACCCCAACCUGCUACAACUGCGGCGAGAAGGGCCACGUUAGCCGCGAGUGCACCUCUCCCCAGGCUGAGAAGACUUGCUACCGCUGCGGUGGUACCGGCCACAUCAGCCGUGAGUGCACCCAGGCUGGUGGUGCUCCUGGUGGCGGUCGCGCCGGCGGCCAGGAGUGCUACAAGUGCGGUCAGCAGGGUCACAUUGCCCGCAACUGCUCCCAGGGUGGCGGUGCCUCCUACGGUGGCGGUUUCGGUGGCCGUGGUGGCUACGGCGGCGGUGCUGGUCAGGGUGGCUUCGGCGGUGCCCGUCAGACCACUUGCUACUCCUGCGGUGGCUUCGGCCACAUGAGCCGUGACUGCACUCAGGGCCAGAAGUGCUACAACUGCGGCGAGGUCGGUCACUUGUCCCGUGACUGCCCCCAGGAGACCUCCUCUGAGCGCGUCUGCUACCGCUGCAAGCAGCCCGGCCACGUCCAGAGCGCUUGCCCCAACUAA